UAACUAUCAUAUCAAAUAAACAAUUUUGUUCUAUAUGAAUUUUGAAUUUGUGGAAAAAUUAAACGUGAUAAUCUUUUGUUUAUAAACUAUUUUAUUGGGCUAAGAGUUACAAGCCUCUCUUAGGUCAUCUGCAACGGUAAAAAAGUCUUCCAAAUUUCUGAAAACAUACUUUAGCAUGUAAAUUAUAAUUUUUACUUAAAUGAUGACACCUAGGUCAAAUGUUUCUUUAUCAUUUAAGAAGAGCUUAUUGUUCGUUUCUCUCUUCCUUUUUACUUAAAUGGUAACUAUUAUUUAUUAAUUUAUUGUAAGAAACUUGAUCAGAGACUUUAAGAUGUGCAUGCCCUUAAACCCCCAAGUCCCAACUAAUAAUUGAUCUGACGAAAUUCUGGUUAAUUCUUAAUCAAGCCCAACAAAUCCCAACAAUUCUUACCAAGAGGAAAAGGCCAAACAGAUGAAACAUCAAAUUCAGUAAGUCACUCUUGGCGAUUCCAACUAGUAGCACCAGUAUUUAAUAUUUUAAUUAUCCAAUUAAACCGUAAAUUACUCUAUCGAGAAAAUAACUAAGGUUGAUUAAUAAAAUAAGAAUUAAUCCAAAAAGGUAGUGGCUGGCAUGUACUACUGUUAAGUAUCAUUCACGUAACUGCGUUCACUAUAUAUGCCAGGUCACUAAACUUCUAACCGUUGGUCACUACAUUAAGGAGUAAUCCAACGGUGCCAAUUAAUUGACUUCCUGAAUCCUGUGAGCCUCUGGCACGUUGUCCCAAGUCAACGUUUGAUUAAAUGAAAAUAAAAUAGUUCCAAAAUGUAUAAUUUUGAAGAUAAUGGGACCGCCAUAUAUAUGUUUACUUGAUCAACCGUAAUAGAUCUUUGUUAAUUAUCUAGUAAUCUUUCCCGCCAUAUAUAUGUUUACUUGAUCAACGGGGAGGAACAAACGCAAAAAUGAAUGAUUUUCUAAUGGAAACAUGAUGUCAAUAAUUGUAUUUAUGAGUAGACACAUUUUUAUAAUUAUGAAAAACCUAAAGCAAGUUAAUAGGACUUACUCAUUAAAGGAAAAUUUCAAGAAGAAAAAAAAAACAGAGGCAGUUUUGUGGGGGAAAAUUGUUAAAAAAGAAAUAGAAAAUAGGAAAAAAAAGAUUUCAAAGAGAGAGAAGAAGAGAAAGGAAAGGGGGGAGGAAGAAGAGAGAGAACCCACCACCCUUUGGCCCUGGAGAGACCAAAGAUGGUCGAAGAGAGAAAACUCUGAGAUCAUCAUCAUCAUCCUGCAAAAACGAGGGCAAGUUCAAGAACAAACAAUACAAUAUAAUUCAAUAUCUAUUAAAUUAAAUUCUACCUUUUUUAGUUUUUUUAAGAAUAAUUUUCGCUUUGUGGGGAUAAUUUUUAGUUGUUGAUUUCUCAAACCCUAGCAUUUCUUGGUUAAGAAAUUUCUUCUUUAAGGUAUUAAAAAGAUUGAAGAGAAGAAGAGAAUUUCACGAGUUUUUAAUUUUUAUUGAAAUAAACACUUCUUUGAUGAUUAGGGUUUCGUGCAAACAAUGAGAGACCCUCAUUAUUCAAUCAUCAACCUCGUCGUUCUCCUCUUCCCGAGGAUUCUGUAAAGUUUGGAAUAUUUUUAUUAUUCCUUUAUUUGUUCAUUAGGAAAAAAAAGUCUGGCUAUUUUGUAUAAGCUAAAAUGGGUUGUCGAUGGAAUCCUAUUGGAUUUCAAUUCUCUUGCUUCAUGUUCUUGAUCAUUACCCUUCAGUCUCGUUCCUCGUUAUCCCUCAACUCCGAAGGAUUUGUGCUGUUGAAAUUCCUGGAAAGAGUGGACUCUGAUCCUCAUGGAACUCUUGCGAAUUGGAAUGUUUCUGAUGAUCAUAUGUGUUCUUGGUUUGGUGUAACGUGUGUCGACAAUAAAGUCCAGAUGGUGAAUCUUAGUGGAUGCUCUUUGGGAGGAACUUUAGCUCCUGAGCUUAGUCAAUUAAGUGAAUUAACAUCUCUAGUACUAUCCAAGAACAAUCUCUUUGGUGACAUUCCAAAUGAAUUUGGGACUUUUCCAAAACUGAAGUUGUUGGAUUUACGGGAUAAUAAGCUAAGCGGAGUAGUUCCACCUGAGCUAAACAAAAUGUUGACACCAGAGAACUUGUUGCUUUCUGGUAACAAAUUUGCCGGGUUUAUGAAGAUAAAGUUCCUGAGACUUCAAUCGCUAUAUCAAGUCCAGUUAAACAAGCAUAAAGAGCUGUCUUCUGCUUCCAAUGCUGUCUUCGGCUGCGUCAAUAGAAAACUUGGAUACUGUGUUUCAAGGAGAAGAUUGUUAAGACUAAACAAAGCACAAGCUUUCGUAUUGCGGAUUAAAGCAACUUCAAGAAUGCUUCAAAGGGAACCUCAAGGGGAGAACUAUGACAUGAAUUAUCCCCCAAGUUCUUUACAGAAUGAAAGUAGUGUCCUCAGGAGGCGUGAGUUACUAGAGGGAACAAGUAAUUUAGCAGCUAUGCCUGCACCAGAUGCUCCUAGUCCUUCUCCUGACACUAUAACCAUAGUGUUUCCUCGAAGCAGCGGGUCUUUUCCCGCGUUAACCACUGCAAAGAAGAGGAUACCUCAAUUGAUCCCUCCUUCUCUUCCUCCAACAGCUGAGUACAACAACAAUACAAGCUCUGACCCUCCAAGGCAAUUUGAAGAAGAAACAAAAGGGUCUACUGCUGUUUGGUUGUAUGUUGUUAUCGGCGUUGCUGCUUUUGUAGCGGUGCUGAUAGUAAUAGGGGUUAUAUUCUUCUGCCGGAAAAGAGCUGUCAAGAGUAUAGGUCCAUGGAAAACUGGUUUAAGUGGACAGUUGCAGAAAGCUUUUGUUACUGGUGUACCGAAGCUAAACCGGUCUGAACUAGAAACAGCUUGUGAAGAUUUCAGUAAUAUUAUUGAAGCAUUUGAUGGGUACACUGUCUAUAAAGGAACAUUGUCAAGUGGUGUUGAGAUUGCUGUUGCUUCAACCGCUGUUUUGGAAACUAGAGAAUGGACAAGAGCUAUGGAAAUGACUUACCGCAGAAAGAUUGAUACAAUGUCAAGAGUCAACCACAAGAACUUUGUGAAUCUAAUUGGAUACUGUGAAGAAGCUGAACCAUUUAAUAGGAUGAUGGUUUUUGAAUAUGCUCCAAAUGGAACUCUUUUCGAACAUUUGCACGACAAGGAAAUGGAGCAUCUUGAUUGGAGCGCGAGGAUGAGGAUAAUAAUGGGAACUGCUUAUUGUCUGCAAUAUAUGCACGAGCUUAAUCCGCCGAUCGCGCAUUCUAAAUUAGUCUCAUCAAGAAUCUACUUAACCGAUGAUUACGCAGCCAAGGUCGGAGAGGUUGCUUUCAGCUCACAAACAGGGCUAAAAUCGAGAAAACCGAUGAGUGGUGAUUUAGAUCAAUCUUCAUUGCCAUUACCAGCUGAACCAGAGACUAAUGUCUAUAGCUUUGGAGUAUUAAUGCUUGAGAUUAUAUCCGGAAGGCUCUCCGAAUCAGAUGAAGAAGGAUCAAUUCUGAAAUGGGCAUCAAAGUAUCUGGAGAGUGAUCAUUUGAAAGAUAUGAUUGAUCCUACAUUAACAACGUUUAAAGAAGAGGACCUUGAAGUGAUCUGUGAUGUGGCAAGGCAUUGUCUGAGAAAUGACCAAAGUCAACGACCAACGAUGAAAGAUGUUGUUGAACAACUGAAACAAGUAAUCAACAUUUCUCCAGAACAAGCUACACCGAGACUCUCUCCUCUUUGGUGGGCAGAACUUGAGAUCUUAUCCUCUGAAGCUACUUAACCUGUAGAACGAUUCUCUCUCCUCUCUCUCUCUCUCUCUGUCUUCGAGUUAUGACUCGUGUCAGAGGUUCACGCUCCUUCUCACUCUCAGUCUUCCCGGUGGACGUCGUCGUGCUGAAAAGUUGUUCUUUUAUUUAAUUCAUCGUAUUAAAUUUGUUUCUUGGUUGGUUUUGAUAGUGUAUUUGGAUCCAGAUAAUGUAACGAUGUGUUUGUAAAAUUAUAUACUAUCAUACAUAUACCUAUAUAUUUGUACGUAUUUUGUGGUGAAAAGUUGUUUGUAACUAUUAACCUCAGCUUUUAAAAACCAUUAUGUGAUAUUUUGUCGUUUUUAUGCAAAGUCUGUUCAUUCUUCCCCCUUUUUUUGUUGCCAUUGCAACAAAUAGAGGUAAUCUGGCAACAAAUAGAGGUAAUCUUGAUUGGUUUGUUCAAUAACAAUGGAACAGAAGAAGAAGAGCACUAACAUAUGUUAUGUAUUUUCUAAUAUACGAAAUUAUAUAAUCAACUUGAUCUUUCUUCUUCCGUUUAGAAUCAGAAUUUCUUAUAGGUGUUCUGUUUAGUUUAAUUACUGUUCUUCCGCUACUUGUCUUCUUCGUUCUUCUGUAAAAAAUUAAAAAUUUGGUAUAAUAAAUUUAACAUUUUACCAAAAAAAAAAAAAAAAAAAAAAAAAAAACUUGAACGGACGCGACGGAUUCGAUUGCAAACCGACUUAAACAAAAUUAUCCAGUUUAAAAGAGUCCUACCUAACUUCGCUCGACCUAUCGCUUCCGAUGUGUUUUGCUAACCGAAACAUAAAAUUUUAAGUAUCAAAAAUCGUUUUCAACUAUUAACGGUACUAAAUUUACUUUGUUGCUUCGAAUAUGCAUGGGCGUUCGGAAGCUCCGUUCGGUUGAUUUGGAUUUUCGGUAUUAUGCUCAUAAGUUUCAUUCAGGUUUUAUUAAUUAUCGGAUCGGGUUCGAUUCGGUUAUUUUCGGGUUUAAUUUGGAUUGUAAUCAAUGUCUGAAAGCCUAAAAUAUAUUUUUUAAACUUGAAAAAUUGACAAAAAAAAUUUAAAAUAUAUAAAUUAUUCAUAAAUCUAAUUAAAAUUAGUUAAACUAUCUAAACUAACUAAAAAGUAUUCAAAGUAAUAAAUAAAACAAACUACAUAAAUCUUUAGAAUACUAUAAAAUAUCUUAAUUAACAUAUAUAAAACCAUUAACAUAUUUAACUAUCGGAUAUCUUAUGAUCCUAGUUCAGAUUUCAGUUCGGUUUGGGUUAUAUCAAAACCUUAAAGUACUGAGUUCAUAAACCCCGUUCGGAUAUUUUGUAUAACGGUUUGAAUUGGGUUUGUUUUUUUAUUCGGGUUUAAAUAGAUACUUUGGCUUGGGUAAAAACAUUGAUACCUAGCUUCGAAUGUCAAGAUUCCUCGUGCCGCCUCCACACUCUGAAGUAGCUGGUUUCCGAUAAACUCAUCGAAUUGAUCUGCAUUGAAGCUGUUAUGUUUUGAUUUUUUUAAUUAAUGUUAAAUUUAUUCAAUAGCGCUUCUUUACAUCAAGUGCAACUUUUGUUUAAAGAAUUAAAAAAUCAAAAACUAACUGUUCUUCUACUCUAUACUUGUGCCAAACUAGUAUCUUAAGCCACCUUCAUAUCUCAUGUCUCCCACCAUCACAAUAGAGCUAAAACGGUUUCUAACUCCCUUAUCAAUGAAUUUAACUAGCUGCACUGGUGUAGAAUGAGCUUCCCCAUGCCUCCUUUUAUUUCUUUCUCUCCAUAUGCUAUGGACAGUUGCUUGAAAGAUAUACAUGAUAGUAAAGCAAGUCAGCAUAUCUCCAUCUGUUUCAGAUAUCAGCUCAAUAAUAUCAGGCCAAUCAUUUGUGUAUCGAUCUCCUAGAAUUGGUCUCAGAAGUUUCUUCCACACCUCCACUGAGAAGGGGCACUUGAAAAAAAGAUGAUCUCGUGUUUCAAUAGGAUCUUGACAGAGGGUACAGCUCCCAUCAACAUUUUCUCCCCAUUUAAGCAUGCGGUCCCCUGUUGCAAGUCAAUUUUUCAGAGCACACCAAGUGUAGAAUGUCGAAACCACACUCCUUUGCUCCAUUGACACAGUGGUUGUUGAUCUCUGAGUAGCAUCCAAGUGGUUUUUGUUGAAAACCUCUUUUUGUACUUUUUUCCAAUAUCUUGUCACAUGUUAACAUCCUCUGCAUUAUCCGCAUUUGCUCUCCUCUCGUCAAUUUCAUCCUUAAUUCUAUCAAAAAUUGUUGUUUUGUGCCUUCUUCUUUUGUGAGACAUCAUAGUUUUUUGAACUGUAGCGUGAGUAGAAAGACCAAGAUCAAUUACUCCUCGCUCUCCUAAAAUAUCUGAAAGACAAUCCAAUGAAGACCAAGUGUCAUGCCAAAAAGAUGUAUUCUUUCUAUUUCUAACUUCAAUUCGAUGAAAACUUCUUGCUAAUCUUUUCAGUUUCAAUAAUUUAAUCCACAUCCAAGAACCAGAUUUUGUUGUUUCACUUACAGACCAGAAUGACCCUUUCCUUAUGAGAUAUAAUCUUGAUCCAUUGAAGCUGUUAUGUUGCUACAAAUAUUUUGCACAAAAAUAUUUCUCUCACUUGGUCAUUUUAUUUUCCUAAAGAAAACAUGAUAGUAUUUACUUGUUUUUUGGUAAUAUGGCCGAUUUUUAAUCCUUUCAUGUGACACAGAGUCGAACGUUGAUGUCAUACCCAUAUCACCGGCUCACUUUGGCAACACCGCUUCUUUUAAGUUAGUAUAGUCGUGUUCUCUCAUCUUCUCGAGGAUAUUUUUUUUUUAAUAAAAACAUCUUCUCGAGGAUAUGAGGUAGAACCGUAGAAGUUGGUCUCUUAUGUGUUAUCGGACGUGGUUGGGCAAAAUCAGAGCAAAUAACGCACGAACCGUUUCGACAUGCGGUGAAGAAGAAAAAGGAAAGACCUUUUUCCAAGAAAGAAAAAAAAAACUAUACGCGUAAGUGACCAAAAACGUAACUUAU